GCCUAAACCUCCUUCAAUGUACCUCCUCCCAAACGUAGAGGAACCAAAUCCAACUACGUCAUGUUUCCACUCAAUUUUGAGAGUCUCAAUCUCACAAACAUGCCCACAACGGCAUCGUCCUUGUUCUCAGCCUAUGCCUCCCUCACCGCAUUCAUAAUGUUGGUCCGUUCCAUAGUUGAUCAGUUGAUCCCCCACGAGCUCCGCUACUACAUCUACUCGGCCUUCGGCCGCCUCUUCACCCCUCGCCCCUCCGACCUCACUCUCAUCGUCGAUGAGUGCUGCGGCAUGGUUCAAAACCAAAUCUAUGAGGCAGCGGAGGUCUACCUCCGGACCAAGAUCAGUCCCCUAAACGACCGUCUCCGGGUGAAAAAGGCACCUCGGCAGAAGAACAUUACCGUCACGAUUGAAAAGGGUGAAGAAAUCAAAGACAGUUUCGACGGGAUAAACAUCAACUGGCGUUUUGUGUGCAGCGGAGGAGAGAAUGAGCAGAACCGCCAUGCGCAACAGAAGCGUCAGUUUGAGCUGACAGUGAAUAAGAAACAUCGAGUCAAAGUAAUUGAGUCCUACUUGCCGUAUGUGCUUGACAGGGCCGAGGCCAUUAAGAAUGAGGACAAGGUUGUGAAGCUCUAUAGCCAAGAGGGGUCAUAUGAUCCGUAUGAUGAUGAAUCCAAUUCGGACUGGAGUUCGAUAAAUCUGGAGCAUCCGGCUACCUUUGAGACACUUGCCAUGGAUGCCGAGGUUAAGAGAACGAUCAUUGAGGAUCUGGAUAGGUUUUUAAGGAGGAGGGAGUUUUAUAAGAAGGUUGGGAAGGCCUGGAAAAGAGGGUAUUUGUUGUAUGGUCCACCCGGGACUGGCAAAUCCAGCUUGAUUGCUGCCAUGGCUAAUUAUCUCAAGUUUGAUAUAUAUGAUGUGGAGCUUACUAGUAUUGAAGACAACUCGGAGUUGAGGAGGAUACUGCUGACUACGACAAACCGUUCUAUCUUGGUCAUUGAGGAUAUUGAUUGCAGUGUGGAGGUGCAAAACCGGGAAUGUGAGGAGGAAGAUCAUCAACCAUCUAACACCAAGUUAACACUCUCCGGCCUACUGAACUUUAUAGAUGGUUUGUGGUCAAGCUGCGGAGAUGAGAGAAUCAUUGUGUUCACCACCAACCACAAGCACAAGAUAGACCCGGCAUUGUUGCGUCCUGGUCGAAUGGAUGUGCACAUUCACAUGUCAUAUUGCACUCCAAGCGGGUUCAGGAUCUUGGCCUCUAACUACCUUGGUAUGCAUGAAAGCAAUCCUCAUCGCCUAUGCGGAGAAGUUGAGGAGUUAAUAGAGAGCUCAAAGGUCACCCCCGCGGAGAUUGCUGAGCAGCUCAUGAAGAGUGAGGAUGCUGAUGUUGCUCUUGAAGGACUUGUUGAUUUCCUGAAAAGAAAGAAGGAAGAGAGCAAUAAAAUUGGGGAUGAAGGGACUAAUAAAUCUGAAAUUCAAGAAACAGAUCAAAACGCAGAAAAGCGGAGCUCAGUCAGUAGCGAUGAUGAACUUGAAUCUUCUCUUUCAGAUGCUCAAAGAUUCACAGUCACAUUUCCAAUGUAUCCUAUCGAUUUCAAAGACAUGCCCACCUCGGCUUCGUCCUUGUUCUCGGCCUAUGCCUCAAUGGCGGCAUUCAUCAUGUUGGUCCGCUCCAUGGUGGACCAACUCCUUCCUCCUGAGUUGCGUUCAUAUAUUUACUCAUUUAUUCACCAAUUCUUCUACACCCCUCGAUCGUUGGACAUGACAAUUAUUAUUGAUGAGAAGUGUGGCUACAUCAACAAUCAAGUUUAUGAAGCAGCGGAAGUCUACCUCCAGACCAAGCUAAGUGAUUCGAAUGAGCGUCUCCGAGUGACCAAAACACCAGGGCAGAAGAGUCUCAACAUUGCCGUUGACAAAGACCAAGAAAUCAUCGAUUUCUUCGAUGGCGUUAAGCUUCGGUGGCAUUUUGUGUGCGCUGAAGACAAGAAUAGUGGUUCUGGUGGUGAUGAUGAAAAGCGUAAGUUUGAGCUGAUUUUUCCCAAGAAGCACAGGACCAAGGUGAUAGAUUCGUACCUGUCACAUGUGUUGGCUCGGGCUAAUGCAAUUAGAGAAGAGGAAAAGGUUCUUAAGCUUGAUUCCCAGCUGACCCAGCAUUCGGGUUCAGUAGAUCUGGAGCACCCAUCAACUUUCGACACAUUAGCUAUGGACCCCGAGCUUAAGAGGACGAUUAUCGAGGAUUUGGAUAGGUUUGUGAGGAGGAAGGACUUCUAUAGGAAGGUUGGCAAGGCUUGGAAAAGAGGGUAUUUGUUGUAUGGUCCACCUGGUACUGGCAAAUCAAGCUUGAUUGCAGCCAUGGCUAAUUAUCUCAAGUUUGAUGUGUAUGAUUUGGAGCUUACUAGUGUUUAUAACAACUCGGAAUUGAGGAGGAUAAUGCUGUCUACCUCAAAUCGUUCUAUUUUGGUCAUUGAGGAUAUUGAUUGCACUGUGGACAUACAAAAUAGGGAAUCUGAGGAGGAUAAUAGUGAACAAUCUAACACCAGGGUAACGCUCUCAGGCCUAUUGAACUUCAUAGAUGGUCUGUGGUCGAGCUGUGGUGACGAGAGAAUUAUUGUGUUCACCACCAACAACAAGGAUAAAUUAGACCCUGCAUUGCUGCGUCCUGGUCGAAUGGACGUGCACAUUCACAUGUCCUAUUGCACCCCGAGCGGGUUCAGGGUCUUAGCCUCUAACUACCUUGGAAUUCAUGAAAGUAACCCUCAUCGUCUUUGUGGAGAAAUUGAAGGUUUGAUAGAAAGCACUGAGGUUACCCCUGCAGAAAUUGCUGAGGAGCUUAUGAAGAGUGAUGAUGUUGAUGUUGCUCUUGAAGGACUCGUCAAUUUCCUCAAAAGAAAGAAAUCCGAGAGGAGUAAAAUAAACGAUGAGGGGAGUCGGGGGACUAACAACAUUGAAAUUGAAGAAACAAAUGAAGAUGCAGAGAGAAAACAGGCUUGAAUAACUUGGAGAUCAAUUUUGCAUCUUCGUUUCUUGAAUUUUCCAGUCUUGGAUAACCAUAUAUAUACCCUUUUGAGACAUUUUGUUUUUGAGCUCGUCUCUUCUAUGAUUUGGAUGUAAUCCUAGAUUAAUUAGGUGAUCUCCUCUUUGUUGUCCCUUAUGCUAGUUGCUACUAAAAUCUUUCUGAUGUAAUGACUUGCGGAACUCAGUUUCGGAACUUAGGAAUGAAAAUGCAGUUUUUCUUGAA